AUGUACAAUGGAGAAUUGGGAGGCAGCAUCUCCUGUGGGACCAAAAGUUACUCCUGUUCUCGAUGCCGCAGACUGAAGAAGCGAUGCUCAAAACAGGUACCAUCGUGCAACAACUGUUUAAAAGCUGGGGAGACCUGUUUGUACCUUGGUAGGGCUCCCAGAAGGACCAAGAAGGAGCUGGAAGAGGCAAAGCUUCGAGGAGAAUUCGCACCUGCGAAAAGGCGCCGUUGCAACUCGGCCACGCAGGGCAGCAAUAGUGAAAAUGGAUCCUAUAAUUCCGAAAAUCAUCCCAAUGUUAAUGCCUUAACUCAUAAAUUGCAGCCCGAGACUGAAACCAAAGCUUUGGAUCGAACAGCUUUGGAUCGAACCUCUUCGUUGGCCUCCGUUUUGGGAUUAAUUGCAGAAAGCUCUCAGACAGCUGCAUCUCCGGAUUUGAGCUUUAACUCGAGAAAUGCUUCCUUCCGUAUAACCCAAAGUGAGGAAGCUAAGGCAUUUUCCGCUGGCGGUCUGUCUCGAGGUGGGUUUCGGACAGCUGACCGCGAUGCCGGAGAGGCACAGAUGCUCCCUGCUUCACGUCACGAGCAAUCGAAAGGUCAAUUGGAAAAUAGGGAACUGGAAUCGACUCCAGUGGACGCACCGUCCAUACAAUUUGAAGCUAUUACGGGUAUAUUCAAAGGCGGCAGAGUCACGCCAUGGAAAACCGAAAAUGGUCAGUUUAAGCCGAUCGAGAGAUCGCUAUAUGAUCGGUUCUUGGCCGCAUAUUUCCAGCAUAAUCAUAAAUCUUUCUACAUGAUGGACAAAGUGGCUUUUCUGAAUAAGGUUUCGACUAUCAGAGACUUUAACACAAUGGACGGCGUUGUCGAAGGUCAUUUCAUCUUUCAGCUGUAUAUGACGAUGGCGAUUGGUUGUACCACCCUGCAGAGAGCUGGAAUGCUGACCGGCGACGGGGAAGGCCUAAGUGAACAUUUUGCUUUUCUGGCAAUGAAGCGCUUCCGAGCGGUAAUACGUUGUCAAGACAUCGAAACUAUCAAAUGCUUAUUGCUUUUGGGUAUAUUUGCACUUUUUGAACCCAAAGGAGUCUCCUCAUGGACUAUUAGUGGUAUCAUCAUGAGAAUAGCCAUCGGACUUGGGUUUAAUAGGGCGUUACCCAACGCGAGGUUGAAGAAGAUGUCUCCCGUGGACGUAGAGCUGAGAUACCGGGUGUUCUGGAGCGCCUAUUGCUUUGAGCGGCUCGUAUGCACAUCUCUAGGUAGGAUGUCGGCGAUCGAUGACGAUGAAAUAACCAUGCCUCUGCCAAGACCGCUGCACCCAGAAGAGGAGGAAGACCUAGAGGUUACGAAUAUGAUGAUCUCAGUGAGAAAAAUGAGCGGCCGAAUUUACAAGAAAGUCCACCUUGUCAGUGUCGGGCGAAAAAACUACACAGACGAGCAAAAAGAAGAGAUCGUCACAUCUUUGGCGCAGGAGAUCGACCAUAUAUACAACCGUGAGCGUGCCAAAAUUCAAGAGAAAAGCGCAUUGAAAAACUGCAAUGAUCCAAUAUCGUUUCACUGCUCAGACGUCUGGCUCUCCAUGCGAUACGCGCAAUUGAAUAUAAUGCUUUACAGGCCAUCGGCGUUAAUACCGAAGCCUUCCAUGGAAUCACUAUCGAAGCUGGGCGAUUUUUGCCUGAAAGCGCUGAAGCAUACCUACACGCUCUACAAGAGAAAGAUGCUGCCGUUGAACUGGAUUACAUUGUUCCGAACCCUUACCAUCUGCAACACCAUUCUCUACUGUCUAUGCCACUGGAGCAUCGAUUUUGUCGAAAGCAAAAUCGAAAUGCAACAAUGCGCCGAAAUCCUACAACAUUUUGGAGAGAAGUGGGUCUUCGCCAAGAAAUGCGCCGUUGUGUUCCAAAACAUCAGCACCACUAUUCUCGACAUCUGUCUCAGCUCCGGACAGGUCCCCAAUAUGGAGAAGCUCACGAGAGAACUAUUCGGAGCUAGCGACGAGUACCAAGAGAUCCUAGACGAGAACAAUGUGGAUGUCUCCUGGAUGGAUAAACGAGCAUGA